AUGGGUCCGAAGUUUGCAGGAAAGCCAAUUAAGAUAACUUCAACAUUACUAAAGGAUGAAGAAAGAUCGAAGCUCAUAAAGGUUCUUGAAAAGAUAGCACCAUCUUCCGUGUAUACUGGAGAUCUUACAUCUAAUGUAUCCAUUUUAAUAACUAAUCCUGCAGGAUCUUCGGAUUGGCUGGAAUCAAGAAAGUAUCAGUAUGUUGCUCAAUAUCGUCCGGACGUAUCUAUUAUAAAACUUGAGACUGUCUUGGCAUUCUAUAAAUCUUGGUUAGAUGGCACCACCCCAGGCGAUUGGAUAGACAAAAGUGGUAUACGCCUUAACUUAGAUUUUCAGAAACCAUUCGAUGGUUUGGUGAUCUCGGUCAGCCGUCUGGAGGCACGAAAUGAAUCCUUUAUUCAGAAAAUAAAGCAUACUAUAACACGAGGUGGUGGCAACUUUACGGAAUCGUUGUCUAAUCAUUCUGAUGUGUUGGUUACGGAUGAUCCUAAUGGACGCAGAUACAUGACCGCAAAGGAGUGGGGGAUUCCUAUUGUAUCUCCGGAUUGGUGCUUUGAUAGUGCUGAGCGUUGUGCCGCCCUUGGUUUUAAAUAUUAUGAGCUUAAAGGGAAGGGUAGUAAAGGAAGGAGAGUGGAUGCGUGUAAUUGGGAAUUCGUGGCCGCUUGGCAAAAGAAGAGAAGGGAGGAUGAGCAACUAAGAUUGGCAAAAGGUAAGAGGCCUUUAAAAGAUGAUGGGCCAGAUGACGAAGAAAAAGAACUUAAAGUGGCGAGGUUGGAUUUGAGGAAUACACUAUGGGACUCCGUUAUGAAAGACUCUCAAGUGAGUUCAUUAAGUCAGGAAGAAAACAAGUAUGAUGAUAAUUGGGGACCUGAGCAAAAAGUCAUUAUAUCAACCCAAACACGUGCUUUAAAUAGCAAGCAAUCAACAUUAAUGUCUACUCAGCAAGAACUCAAGGAGGAAAGAAAAAAUAACACGGAGGAAUCUUUACCCUUGCUCAAAGAGCUUUCAUUUGCAUUGUAUGGGUUUGAUUCUGAAAAAGUGAAAAUCCUCGAGAUAAUCCUUAAAGAGUAUGGGGCCAGCAUCUUUGAGCUAGCAGAUGUAUCCCACUCACUCGAUUACGUAAUUGCAUUUUCCGAGUUAGAUCAUAAGAUCCCAAAUAUUGAGGAUCGUCCUGUCCAGGUGAUAACCGAGUACGCUGUAGAGAGAUGCAUAUAUUUCAGAAAUACAGACACCCUCAAAGAGGCAGGAUAUUGGUGUAGACCAAUAUUUAUUGACUCUUCCGUGACAAUUGAAAAGUUCAGAGAGAAUUUCUCAUUACCAAAAGGGGGAAAAGUAAAUGUUGCAAUAACUGGGUUUAAGGAUAUUGAUUUAUCACAAUUCCAAAGAAUCCUGAGGAACAAGUUAUCAAGCUUCAUUUACUUCAGUGAGAAUUUUUCAAAGCAGUGUGAUUUACUUGUAAUUGCAGAUAUCCAUGGAUUAAAUACAUUAAAAAAAGUAAGAAUGGCCAAAAAAUGGGAGAUCAGCAUGAUGAGCCUAUCGAAUUUUUGGAAGUCUCUUGAUAGAUGCUGUGAUCAGCCCUAUAUAAAUACAUAG